GUCAUGGCCGGCGAGGCAGCGCAGUCGGGCGCCGAGCUCUUGAGCUUCGCGCGGUUCCUGGAUUCCAGUGCUGGGCAGCUCACUUAUGGCUACGGCCAGCGCAGCCUGAGCGAGCUGCGGGCGCGCGAAUUCGGCCGCCUGGCAGGAACUGUCUACCUUGACCAUGCAGGAGCCACCUUGUUCCCCCAGAGCCAGCUCACCAGCUUCACAAAUGAUCUCAUUGGAAACAUUUAUGGUAAUCCCCACAGCCAGAACAUCAGCAGCAAGCUCACCCACGACACGGUGGAGCAGGUGCGCUACAGGAUCCUGGCUCACUUCCACACCACCCCAGAGGACUACAGUGUGAUCUUCACAUCUGGGGCCACGGCUGCUCUCAAGCUGGUGGCAGAGGCCUUCCCGUGGGUGUCCAGUGGUCCAGACAACAGCGGGAGUCGGUUCUGUUACCUCACCGACAGCCACACCUCUGUGGUGGGCAUGAGAGAGGUCGCCAGAGCCAGGGGCGUCAAUUCCACCCCGGUCAGCCUGGAGGAAAUGUGUUUGGCAGAGAAACGGGGUGUGGCCGCCGGGGACCCUGACUGCCAAGUUCCACAUCUCUUCUGUUACCCAGCUCAAAGUAACUUUUCUGGAACCAGAUAUCCCCUGUCCUGGAUAGGAGAGGUCAAGGCGGGGCGGAUGUGCCCUGCCAGUGCCCCUGGGAAGUGGUUGGUGCUGCUGGACGCGGCCUCCUAUGUGAGCACCUCGCCCUUGGACCUGUCGGCUCACCGGGCCGACUUUGUCCCCAUCUCCUUCUACAAGAUCUUUGGCUUCCCCACCGGCCUGGGCGCUUUGCUGGUGAAUAACCAGAUAGCUUCUCUGCUGAGGAAAUCCUACUUUGGAGGAGGCACAGCUGCUGCGUACCUGGUAGGAGAGGACUUCUAUAUCCCAAGACAGUCGGUGACCGAAAGGUUCGAAGAUGGUACCAUCUCCUUCCUUGACGUGAUAGCACUUAAACAUGGAUUUGAUGCCCUUGAGCGUCUCACAGGUGGAAUGGCGCAAAUAAGGCAGCACACCUUCACCUUGACUCAGUACACUUACACGGCCCUGUCUGCUCUCCGGUACCCCAACGGAGCCCCUGUUGUGUGCAUUUACAGUGACUCUGAGUUCAGCAGCCCGGAGGUUCACGGUCCAAUCAUCAACUUUAAUGUGCUUGAUGACAAUGGGAACAUCAUUGGCUACUCCCAGGUGGAUAAAAUGGCCAGUCUUUACAACAUCCAAGUGCGAACUGGCUGCUUCUGUAACACGGGGGCCUGCCAGAGGUACCUGGGGAUAAGCAACGACAAGGUCAAGAAGAAUCUGCAGGCUGGUCAUGUCUGCGGCGAUGAUGUGGAUCUCAUCGAUGGGCAGCCCACAGGAUCUGUGAGGAUUUCAUUUGGAUACAUGUCUACACUUGAGGAUGCCCAGGCCUUUCUCAGGUUCAUCAUAGCAACCCGACUGUGCCCAUCCCAUGAUCAGUCUCCCCUUCAAGUCACCCCCAAGGAGGCUGGAGCCCUACCAGUGGAGGAUGAGGCUGGGAACGUGUCUGCUGCUGUGGACAGAUGUAGUCCCUCAUAUCAUGAAGACACCCCUGCAGACUCCCGGGUUUGGAACAACCUGCCCACUGCUGUGGAUGUGGUGGGUUUGCACCCACCUCUGUCUGAGGCUGUCAGAACCCAAGACACCCCUUCAGAGAAAGCUCCAGGAAUCCCUGAUAAGGUCAUUGGGACACACGUCAUCACCAACCUUUAUCUCUACCCCAUCAAAUCUUGUGCAGCAUUCGAGGUAAAGACAAGUUGGCCCGUAGGAAAUCAGGGGCUGUUGUAUGAUCGGAACUGGAUGGUUGUGAACCACAAUGGCAUUUGCCUGAGUCAGAAGCAGGAGCCCCGACUCUGCCUGAUCCAGCCUUUCAUUGACCUUCAACAAAAGAUCAUGGUCAUCAAAGCCCAAGGGAUGGAACCUAUAAAGGUGCCUCUUGAGGAGAGCAAUGAACCAAUGCAGAUUUGCCAGAGCAAGGUCUGUGCUGACAGGGUAAAUACUUACGAUUGUGGAGAAAAAAUUUCAAGCUGGUUGUCAAGGUUUUUUGGCCGUCCAUGUCAUUUGAUUAAACUAAGUUCAAAUUUUCAAAGAAACGCAAAGAAGAAACAUGGCAAAGCUCAAUCUGGUACCACAGCUACCCUUUCUCUGGUGAAUGAGGCACAGUAUCUGCUGAUAAACAGAUGCAGCCUUUUGGAACUUCAGCAGCAAUUAAACAUCAGUGGUGAGAAUGGAAAGGAGGAAUUCCCAAUGAAAGACCUCAUCCCACGAUUCCGUGCCAAUAUUAUUACCGAUGGAACAAGGCCUUUUGAAGAAGAGAAAUGGGAAGAGAUUUCAGUUGGCUCGAUGCGUUUCCAGGUUGUGGGGCCUUGUCACAGAUGCCAGAUGAUAUGCAUCGACCAGCAAACCGGGCAGCGGAACCAAGAGGUUUUCCAAAAGCUUUCUGAGAGUCGAGAGCGAAAGGUGCACUUUGGAGUGUACCUGAUGCAUGCCCCCCUGGAUCUGUCUACACCCAGUUUCCUGUCCGUGGGAUCUCAAGUGCUCCCUGUGUUGAAAGAAAAUACAGAUCACCACAAUUUACCUGCUUCUGAGAAACAUCAGGCUGUUACCUCCUAAAAAACUUUUCUGCAUAAGCUAAAAAUUUCUCUUUUAUGACUGUCUUUACUCUUUUUUUUUAAGCUUUAUUUAUUUAUUCAU